AUGUGGGUCCGCCGCUCCUUCCCCACAAAGCACUCCCACGACGGCAUCAACACGCUCCGGCGCAAACGACGCACCGCCAGCCACGGCAACCGCAUCGCCCGCGCCCUCUCCCGCUUCCGCUCCUUCGCCGCCUCCACCGUCAUCAAGGCGACCGGGAGCAGCGGCAGGGACGAGGACGAGGACGGGAUCGACUGGGGCAGUGAGGAGGUGAGGGCGUUUAUCCGCCCGAGGGACGAGGAGUGGACUUGGAAUCAGUGA